GCGUCUGCCUGUCUCUGCUCCCCUCCGAGCCGCCGUGUUGUCGGAGUGAAAGCCUGGAAAUCUGGAUAGAGAACCGGGGCUGAAAUCUUCGACCAUCCGCCCUCUCCGCCUGCCGUGGUGGAAUGAGCAGCGUGUGUGUGUUGAAGGGUAAAGCAGUGCUCUGGCAGGACUCGUUCAGCCCCCACCUCAGAACUUCAACUCCCAGCAUGCCGGUGGUGCUGAGCAGCGGAGGACACGCCCCCCCGGCCGGACAGACCCCACAUGCCCCGCCACCAAACCAGCAGGGCGUGGCGGGUACGGGGCGGUCUCAGGAUGAUGCCAUGGUGAAUUACUUCUUCCAGCGGCAGCACGGGGAGCAGCCUGGCAAACACCGCUGGCCCGCUGGGGAGAACAUCCACGACAGCCAGGGGCGGUCGAUGGAUGAGCUGAACCAUGACUUCCAGGCUCUGGCUCUGGAGAGGCGUGCCAUGGGAGAGCAGCUUUUGACAGGUAAGAAGUUUUGGGAGAGUGACGAAGCUGGAAAAGAUGGACCGAAAGGGAUCUUCCUGGACCAGUGGAGGGACAGCGCGUGGGGGGCCACAGACCACUCGGUGUCUCAGCCAAUCAUGGUGUCUCAUCGGCCGGGCGGGGGUUUCCAUGGCGGCGGGGAGGUGGGCGGUUCAGUGAUGUCACCGCGAUCAGAGAGCGGGGGCUUAGGAGUCAGUAUGGUAGAAUACGUCCUCUCCUCUUCUCCCGCCGAGAAACUGGACUCCUGCCUCCGUAAGGGACCUUUCGGUCCGAGGGAUGGAGAGGUGGAUGAGGAGAAGAGGGAGAAACCAAAGGCUCCAUUUGAAGGAGAGAAACUCAAGGAGAUGGUAGAAGGUGACGUCAUCAGUGAUGUCAUCAACCUCAACGGGCUCCCCGUGCAGAACGGCCUGGACGCGGACGGCAAGGAGUACAGUCGUCAAGGCCAGAUACUGCCCGCGGGGCCAGACACUGACGUAAUAGGGGGUGUAGUAGGGGAGGGUAUGGUCUCCAUGGGUGGUGGUGGUGGUCCCAAACCCCAAGAGGUCUUCUCUGGGGUGGAACAGGGUGUUACCAUGGAUACCAUGCAGUCUGUGAUGGAGCCUUUGCAGUUUGACUACAACUCCCAGAUGGCCAUGGACUCUCAGCCUACCGUGGGCCUGUUCGACUACAGCAACCAACAACAGUUGUUCCAGAGACCCAGUGCUCUAGCAGCCCAACAGCAGCAGUAUGCCUUGGCAGCAGCACAGCAAUCUCACAUUGGUUUGGCUCAAGCGUUUGUUCCCAACCCUUACAUCAUCAGUACUGGUCCGCCUGGAACCGACCCCUACGCUGCUGGACUGGCAGCUGCUGCAACACUGGGCCCGGCGGUGAUGCCUCCCCAGUACUACGGGGUGACUCCCUGGGGAGUGUAUCCAGCCAAUCUGUUCCAGCAACAGGCUGCGGCCGCCAACAACUCAGCCAAUCAACAGGCUCAAGGACAGAACCAGCAGAACCAACAACAGGUGAUGCGUGGGGGCGGUAACCAGCGACCCCUGACCCCUAGCCACGGUCAACAGGGUCAGCAGAACGACCAGCUGAUCUCUGCCGCAGCAGUCAACUCAGCGCUCGCCUUCGGACAGGGGCUGGCUGCCGGCGUGCCUGGCUAUCCCAUGCUGGCUCCAGCUGCUUACUAUGACCAGACGGGGGCGCUAGUGGUCAACACAGGAUCUAGGGGUGGGCCCGUACGCCUCAUGGCCCCCGCAGGCUCAGUUAUUAUCUCUCCCUCCGCUGCACAAGCAGUGGCGGCAGCAGCUGCGGGUGGCGGGGCUAACGGUGGUAUGGGAGGCGGGGCCAAUGGUCAGUUUCGAGCCAUGCAAUCCCAGCAGCCUCAGCAGCAGGGGGGAGGGGUUAUGUCAGGAAACUCCUUUUAUGGAUCCUCUCUUAGCAACUCAUCCCAGAGCUCCUCCCUCUUCUCUCAAGGUAGCCAAUCAACGUACUGCUCCGCCCAGCCGGGCCUCGGCUCCGCCUCUCUGGGGUUUGGUCAGAGCAACUCUUCACUCGGUGCUACGUUGGGCGGCUUUGGCACUGCAGUGGCGAACUCCAGCGGUGGCAACAGUUCUCGUCGUGACUCACUGACCGGCAGUAGUGACUUGUACAAACGCACGCAGUCCAGCCUCACUCCCAUUGGCCACGGGGGGUUCUACAACGGAACCCUGGGCUUUAGCUCCUCCCCUGGGCCGGUCGGAAUGCCUCUGCCCAACCAAGGCCCCUCCCACUCCCUGACUCCACCCCCCUCUCUGUCCAAUCACAGCUCCUCAUCCAACCUCAACCUGGGAGGUCUGACCAAUGGCAGCGGUCGUUUCAUAUCUGCUGCUCCCGGGGCAGAGGCGAAGUAUCGCAGCGCCAGUUCUGGCUCCUCCCUAUUCUCUCCCAGCAGCCAGCUCUUCCCGUCGUCACGGCUACGUUACGGAAUGUCGGACGUGAUGCCUUCAGGGCGCAGCCGUCUCCUGGAAGACUUCCGGAACAACCGCUACCCCAACCUGCAGCUGAGAGAGAUUGCUGGGCACAUCAUGGAGUUCAGCCAGGACCAACACGGCAGCAGGUUUAUCCAGUUGAAGUUGGAGAGGGCCAGCUCAGCGGAGCGUCAGCUGGUCUUUAGUGAGAUCCUCCAGGCUGCCUACCAACUCAUGGUCGACGUCUUUGGAAACUACGUCAUCCAGAAGUUCUUUGAGUUUGGCAGUGUGGACCAGAAGCUGGCUGUAGCUGAGAGGAUCAGAGGUCAUGUCCUGUCUCUGGCCCUUCAGAUGUAUGGCUGUAGAGUCAUACAGAAGGCGCUGGAGUUCAUCCCCUCAGACCAACAAGUUAUAAGUGAGAUGGUACGGGAGUUGGACGGUCACGUGUUGAAGUGUGUGAAGGAUCAGAACGGCAAUCACGUGGUGCAGAAGUGUAUUGAGUGUGUUCAGCCCCACGCAUUACACUUCAUCAUCGACGCCUUCAAGGGACAGGUGUUUGUACUCUCCACCCACCCCUACGGUUGUCGAGUGAUCCAGCGUAUUCUAGAACACUGUCUUCCAGACCAGACCCUGUCCAUUCUGGAGGAGCUGCACCAACACACGGAACAGCUGGUGCAGGACCAGUAUGGUAACUACGUGAUCCAGCACGUACUAGAACACGGCAGAGCAGAGGACAAGAGUAAGAUAGUAGCUGAGAUCAGAGGAAACGUACUGGGGCUCAGUCAACACAAGUUUGCCAGUAAUGUAGUGGAGAAGUGUGUGAGCCAUGCGUCUCGUGCGGAGCGGGCCGUGUUGAUAGACGAGGUGUGUAGUCUGACUGAGGGGCCCCACAGUGCCUUGUACACCAUGAUGAAGGACCAGUACGCCAAUUACGUGGUGCAGAAAAUGAUUGACGUGGCCGAACCCACACAGAGAAAGAUCAUCAUGCACAAGAUCCGGCCCCACAUCUCCACUCUGAGGAAGUAUACGUAUGGAAAACACAUCCUGGCCAAGCUGGAGAAAUACUACAUGAAGAAUGGAGUGGACCUGGGGCCUCUCUGUGGCCCUCCCAACGGCAUCAUGUAAACUUACCACCCUUUUCAACACUCUUAACUCUUGAGGACAAGACGGACCAACGGGAACGUCGGACGUGCUCAGUAGAUCACCGGCUGGGUUGGUUGAGGAACGGUGGUGAUUCAACAUGUAGGACAGCCACCCUCUGUGUACAGCUGACGUUGUAUUGGAAUGUCAUGUCUUUUAUACCAUAACCCCUAGCCUAUACCCUACAUGAAAAAUGACAUGUUAACUACUACCCACACACAACCCAUUAUUUCCUACCACCCGAUGGUCUAAACCCUAUACCCCCCCUCUUAUCCCCUCCUAAUGAGAUCAUGUAAACUGCUGUCCCCCCCCCCCCCCCCCCCCCCAAUGACAUCAUGUUAGAACCCUCUUUGCCUACUCCAAACCCACCUCCCUUUCCCUUCCCACUCGUAUCGCCAUGGUAACCCAUUGGUAUGAGCCUGUGUCUAAACAGGAAGCCUUGGUUAGUUUUAGCCCGUCCCCCAACCAAGCCCUACCCUGCUGCAGGGAGGAGGCAGGGGAGUGAGGGGGAGGUGAGAUGUGUCCCCACCCUUCGUUCCUUCUCUCUGUUCUUGUUUUUCUUUAUUUGUCUUUUGGAUAAACUAGAAUCAUUUCAUUUUUUUUUUUGCUACUGCCGUGGCAUUCACAGUUCUGUGUCGUAUCGCUAGUAUGGGAUGGAACGUAUUUAAUUUGACUGCCUACGUCACCAAAUCAUAGUCCCAUACACAAACACACAAGCCAUGUGCUUACCAGCAGAUUAUUUAACAUGGGAGGUUAGUUUCCAGUCCUGCUUCCAUAUAUAUAUAUAUAUAUAUAUAUAUAUAUUUAGUGUGUAUACUUGGUGUAGACCUUUGCAUAUAUAUAAAUAUAAAAGACUUUGUAGUUUUUCUGGUUUUUGAUGUUGACUAUCUAUAAUGUAUCCUAGUAGUGAACACAUUUCUGACUGUAUAAUUGUACAUUUGUAAACCCUUGUAAUGUAAAAGUGAUUUUACCACCCUUUUUGGUAUCAGGCGAUAUAUAUAUAUAUAAAAAACAAAAACGUUAAAAAAAAAAAACUCUUAAACUCUUGUGCAUUUCAGUGUAUAUUCUUACCUCCUUGGUUGUGAUAUAUGAGUUGUUGUAUAUUGUAAAUUGUAAUAUCAAAUGUUUGUUUUGAAAAUACCUUUCUAUACUGCGUAGUACUUGUACAAAGCCCCCCCCCUCCCACCCCCCCCUCACUCUCUGGUUUUACAUUUUACUCACUGCUUAAACAGAACUCACCACCUCCUCCCCAACCCCCGAACUACACUGCAAACGUUCCCUGUCCGUUUACUAUACGUCCAUUAUCCACAGUUAACACUGAAAUCAACGAGACGUGGUACACCAACAUGUCAGUAGUGAAGCGACUCUUUUUUUUUACACUUAAGUCUAUUUAAAUUACAGAGAGAGAGAGAGAGAGACAUGGCAUCUGACUGAAGCAGAAACAACUGACAGUGGCUUUGGGUUUCUUCCUGUGCUGUAGCAGGCAAAACAUUACAGAACACACGUGAGAUGUUUGCAGUGUAGUUUGGGGGUUGUAACCGCCACCACAGGACACACUGUUAGCAGUCUGCUUUAACUUGGAAGCUGUGUGUUUGUUUUUGUAUUUUUAGAUAUUUUAUAGGGAUGCUUUGCCCUUGUCUAAGGUUAGUGGAUGGGGUGAGGGGUUUUGAGUUUAAAGGUUGACUCGGUGAUAUGACGUCAUACACACCGGGGCGACUUCCCGGGCUUGCAAACAUCAACAACGGCCUAUUUCAAAUCUGCCAAGACUACCGCUAUUGGUUCUUCUCUUGAGGCAUGACGCCCACAUUGAGAAGAGCCGUCAGUGGUGGUCUUGGGACAUAAUAUAUGAAUUGUGUUGUUACUGAUGUCUGGAAGCAGGAAGUAGCUCCCACUGUGUACUAUGUCAUAUGGCUGAGUCUACCUCGAAUCUGCUCUCUCAGGGUACAGUGAAACCAUGGGUCGAACAAAAGACGGCAGCAGCGUGGUAUGCUUUCUUUUGUUGUUUUUUUGUACCUAAAUAAUAGUCCUGUAAAAGUGAUGUAUCAUAAUGUUCCCCGGUAAAGGCCGGGCGUCGCCUGUCUCGCCGUCCGUAACCAGGACUAUUGUGGCGGCGGUGGGCAGCGGCAUGUGUAUCUGAAUAGGAGCACCGUCUGUGACCAUAAUGUGUAUAGUUCUAACAGAAACCUGUGUGUGUGCUUGUUGCCUGGGCAACUAUUUUUUUUGUAUCUCCUGUUGUAGAUUGUCUCUCUAAACAAUGAUGUGUGAUUAUUUUUAUUUUGAAACAAAACUGAACAAAAAAAAAACAACUGUCGUU